AUGGCACCCACAGCUGGAAAGCGAUCCUCCAUCCGAAGCCGGGCAGCGGCGAAGACCAAUGCAGCGGCCGCCUCAAGACCCGUUGCGACAGCUUUUGAUACGGGAUUUGCAAACACCAAAAAAGACAAGCGCACGAUCAAGCAUUCUGCCUUUCUGUCAAAGAUUGAGAAAGCCAACUCUAACACCAAGAAGCGCAGACGGCCAUCCAAGAAGCUGGUGGCGGACCUUGACUCGCUCGUCAGCGCCUUGCCCGACAAUGACGAUGACGAGGUGCAAGAUGAGACUGCGACAGCGCGGAUACGUCACAAGAGUUUGAAGUCCAGACCUGGUGCUAUGAAGCGCAAGGAUAAGCUGGAGAAGAUGGAAAUGGAGCGGUUCGCAAGGAAUAUGGCACAGAUGGUGGAGUCUCGGCCAAACCAGCCUUCAUCUAAUGAUGCUGCUUCAAGCGUCCAGGCUGCACCGACACCAUCUACUACCUCAGAUAGAUGGGCGGCGUUGCGUGGAUUCAUCUCCCAGACGAUGGAGCAGAAGCCGGAGUUCAAGACGGCAUGA